AUGGAGUCGCUCCUGCUGCCGGUGCUGCUGCUGUUGGCCGUACUGUGGACGCAGGCAGCCGCCCUCAUUAACCUCAAGUACUCGGUAGAAGAGGAGCAGCGCGCCGGGACGGUGAUCGCCAACGUGGCCAAGGACGCGCGCGAGGCGGGCUUUGCUCUGGAUCCACGGCAGGCCUCUGCCUUCCGUGUGGUGUCCAACUCAGCCCCGCACCUGGUGGACAUUAACCCCAGUUCGGGCCUGCUUGUCACCAAGCAGAAGAUCGACCGCGACUUGCUGUGCCGCCAGAGCCCCAAGUGCAUCAUCUCGCUCGAGGUCAUGUCCAGCUCAAUGGAGAUAUGCGUGAUUAAGGUGGAGAUCAAGGACCUGAACGACAACGCGCCCAGCUUCCCAGCGGCACAGAUCGAGCUGGAGAUCUCAGAGGCAGCUAGUCCUGGCACGCGCAUCCCGCUGGACAGCGCUUAUGACCCGGACUCAGGCAGCUUCGGCGUGCAGACAUACGAGCUCACGCCUAAUGAGCUGUUUGGCCUGGAGAUCAAGACGCGCGGCGAUGGCUCACGCUUUGCGGAACUUGUGGUGGAGAAGAGUCUGGAUCGCGAGACACAGUCGCACUACAGCUUUCGCAUCACCGCACUCGACGGCGGCGACCCACCGCAUCUGGGCACUGUUGGCCUCAGCAUCAAGGUGACCGAUUCCAAUGACAACAACCCGGUGUUUGGCGAGUCCACCUACGCAGUGAGCGUGCCAGAAAACUCACCUCCCAAUACACCAGUCAUCCGCCUCAAUGCCAGCGACCCAGACGAGGGCACCAAUGGCCAGGUGGUCUACUCCUUCUACGGCUAUGUCAACGACCGCACGCGUGAGCUCUUCCAGAUCGACCCACACAGUGGCCUGGUCACAGUCACCGGUGCCCUAGACUAUGAAGAAGGCCAUGUGUACGAACUGGACGUGCAGGCCAAGGACCUGGGGCCCAACUCCAUCCCGGCACACUGCAAGGUGACCGUCAGCGUUCUCGACACCAAUGACAACCCGCCGGUCAUCAACCUGCUGUCAGUUAACAGCGAGCUGGUGGAGGUAAGCGAGAGCGCCCCCCCGGGCUACGUGAUUGCACUGGUGCGGGUGUCUGAUCGGGACUCGGGCCUCAAUGGGCGCGUGCAGUGCCGAUUGCUGGGCAACGUGCCCUUUAGGCUGCAGGAGUAUGAGAGCUUCUCCACUAUCCUGGUGGACGGACGGCUGGACCGUGAGCAGCAUGACCAGUACAACCUCACGAUCCAGGCGCGCGACAGCGGUGUGCCCAUGCUGCAGAGUGCCAAGUCCUUUACAGUUCGCAUCACCGACGAGAAUGAUAACCACCCGCACUUUUCCAAGCCUUACUACCAGGUCAUGGUGCAGGAGAACAACACACCUGGCGCCUACCUGCUUUCCGUGUCUGCCCGAGACCCCGACCUGGGUCUCAAUGGCAGUGUCUCCUACCAGAUUGUGCCGUCGCAGGUGCGGGACAUGCCUGUCUUCACCUAUGUCUCCAUCAACCCCAACUCGGGCGACAUCUACGCGCUUCGAUCCUUCAACCACGAGCAGACCAAGGCAUUCGAAUUCAAGGUCCUGGCCAAGGAUGGCGGCCUGCCUUCGCUGCAGAGCAACGCCACGGUUAGGGUCAUCAUCCUCGACGUCAACGAUAAUACCCCGGUCAUCACGGCCCCACCCUUGAUCAACGGCACUGCCGAGGUCUACAUCCCCCGCAACUCUGGCAUAGGCUAUCUGGUGACCGUCGUCAAAGCAGACGACUAUGAUGAGGGUGAGAACGGCCGAGUCACCUACGACAUGACCGAGGGCGACCGCGGCUUCUUUGAAAUAGAUCAGGUCAAUGGCGAAGUCAGAACCACUCGCACCUUUGGCGAGAGCUCAAAGGCUUCUUAUGAGCUUAUUGUGGUGGCCCACGACCACGGCAAGACGUCUCUCUCCGCCUCUGCACUAGUCCUAAUCUACCUGUCCCCUGCUCUUGACGCCCAAGAGUCAAUGGGCUCCGUGAACUUGUCCCUGAUUUUCAUUAUCGCCCUGGGCUCCAUUGCCGGCAUCCUCUUUGUCACUAUGAUCUUCGUGGCAAUCAAGUGCAAGCGAGACAACAAAGAGAUCCGGACCUACAACUGCAGAAUCGCUGAGUACUCCUAUGGGCAUCAAAAGAAAUCAAGCAAGAAGAAAAAAAUCAGUAAGAAUGACAUCCGUCUAGUACCCCGGGAUGUGGAGGAGACAGACAAGAUGAACGUUGUCAGUUGCUCCUCCCUGACCUCCUCCCUCAACUAUUUCGACUACCACCAGCAGACACUGCCCCUGGGCUGCCGCCGCUCUGAGAGCACUUUCCUGAAUGUGGAGAACCAGAAUACCCGCAAUACCAGCGCCAACCACAUCUAUCAUCACUCUUUCAACAGCCAGGGUCCCCAGCAGCCAGACUUGAUCAUCAAUGGUGUGCCUCUGCCUGAGACUGAAAACUAUUCCUUUGAUUCCAACUAUGUGAAUAGCCGAGCCCAUUUAAUCAAAAGCAGCUCUACCUUCAAGGACUUAGAGGGCAACAGCCUGAAGGAUAGUGGCCAUGAAGAGAGUGACCAGACUGACAGUGAGCAUGAUGUCCAGCGGAGCCUGUAUUGUGAUACUGCUGUCAAUGACGUGCUGAACACCAGUGUGACCUCCAUGGGAUCUCAGAUGCCUGACCAUGAUCAGAAUGAAGGAUUUCAUUGCAGGGAAGAAUGUCGGAUUCUUGGCCACUCUGACAGGUGCUGGAUGCCCCGGAACCCCAUGCCCACCCGCUCCAAGUCCCCUGAGCACGUGAGGAACGUCAUCGCGCUGUCCAUUGAAGCUACUGCUGCUGAUGUUGAGGCUUAUGACGACUGCGGCCCCACCAAGCGGACUUUUGCAACCUUUGGAAAAGAUGUCAGUGACCACCCGGCUGAGGAGAGGCCCACCUUGAAAGGCAGGAGAACUGUCAAUGUGACCAUCUGCAGCCCCAAGGUCAACGGCGCUAUCCGGGAGGCGGGCAAUGGCUGUGAGGCGAUUAGCCCUGUCACCUCCCCCCUGCACCUCAAGAGCCCUCUGCCCACCAAGCCCUCCGUGUCUUACACAAUUGCCCUGGCGCCCCCGGCCCGUGAUCUGGAGCAGUAUAUCCACAGUGGCCCAUCUCGUCCCUCUGAAGCUGAGCCCCGUGGAGCUGACAGCGAGAAAGUCAUGCAUGAGGUCAACCCCACUCUGAAGGAGGGUCAUGACAAAGAGUCUCCUGGUGUGAAGCGUCUGAAGGAUAUCGUUCUCUAAAGCAGUCUCGGGGAAGAAGAGAGAGAAACCAUGCUGGUUUUCGAGGAAGCAGGAGCUGAUUGUUUUAAUUGCUCACCAAUGGUUGGUUCUUGAGUGGCUGUUAUUUCAGAGCUUUCCCUAAAUGUGUUGUUUAUAAGUGACUAUCAUUCUGUGACAAUCCCUCUCGUUUCAACAGGCAGCAGGGGUGUUCAGGUGGAGCAAAUUAGCUUUGGCUUGAGUUGUUCAUGGCGCCUUGAUGUUGGGGAAACAGAGACAAAUUCAGUUGUGAAAAGUAUUAUGUAUUAAGUGUUUGAAUUUAUAUAUUUUUCUAUGUCAAAAUUAUAAUAUAAAUUACCAUUGUUUGUGGAGGAUUACAUUAAAAAAACAAAAAAAAGGAGAAAGCUCUGGACACCUUUAAUAAGCUCGCCACUGUUUUGUAGUGUAGACAAGUUAAUGGUCAUUUAUUGUGUACUAUUCAUUGAUUCAGUGAUGUGAAAUUGAGCCCCCAAAAGGUUGUUUCUGAAGCUUGAGUACUUUCCAAUGCCGCUACUUUGCUGUGGACACCCCUGCUUUAAGAACCCUUUUGCUAGCUGUGCUAUUGUUGUAUUUGAUAUUGCAAAUUGCUAUGUGUGUGGUGACGGCAAAAGGCUUUUUUAGAAGUUGGUGUUUUUUUUUUUCUUAAUAAAACUAUAGACAAAAACAAAGUGCAAAAAACCGAGAUGGCAAGUGAAUGAGCAACACCACACAUAUAGAUUGAAUACUUGGAGGAUACUCACUCAUGGUGGAUACCCAUGUAGUGAUUACUCACCACCUUGCAGAGUAUUUCUCCUGCCUUUCAGUCUUCUGCCCAGAUCAGUGAUAGAUCAUCACAGAAAGUCAUUUUUGGAUAUUCUGCUAUCUAAUUUGCAGUUGUCAGAACUACUGUGCUGAAAG